ACAGUAAACGGCUGAUUCUGUUUACAUUUUUGACGUUUAUUCAAUAUUCAAAUCAGUACUCCCGAAUUUCAGUUAAUUACAAGUAUACCAACAUGGUACCAGUAAUAGUGCAAUAUUCAUUAAAAUAGCCCUCGUUCAUCACAUUCAAAUGCGUUCAUCAGUAAGCUAUAUUUUGUCAAGCAGCACAAGUGAGCCUAACAUGUCUCAUCCAGAUUACGAACAGUAUUCACACGACCAUGCAGCUCUCCUGGUACUCGUGAAACACAUCGGAUCCCAGCUGAAACCUAAGACGUUCACGAAAUUUUAUGACCGCAUAUCAAAGUUGAAUGCUGUUAAAAUAACAGAUUCUACAGGUGCUGUAAGAAACAUUUUAGUGCGUUACAUCAGAGAGCACCCUGUCGAGAACAACGACUGGGGAGAUUUUCAGACGCACAGGCGCUUGUUGGGGCUGAUCUCUUUAGGAAAGUAUGAUUCUCAGCAAGAACUCAACGAGAUAUGUAGGGUUCAUGAGAGUUUCAAAGUUAAGUAUAAUACCACAUUAUUCGACUCCAGGUGUAUUUUAUUUGGUCCCACAAAAGAUUGCGAGUCUUCUCCAGACGAUAAUCCCAGUUCAAGCAGUUCGGGAGAUAGUGAAGGUAAAUCAGAUAAUGCAGUGGAAAAAUUCACCACUCCCAGUAAUUUCAAAACACGAGCAUUGUUUUAUGAUCCACUUUCACCAUGUGUAGACCUAGAAACACAACUGAACGAGUUCAUCAACUCCCUGUUUUGGGUCCUUGAGUCAAAAAGGUUGGAACGCUCAAGGGAGAAGCUUGAGAGGGUUUCCUUACUAUUAGCUCCUUUUGAAAAAAAAGACUUUGUUGGACUUGAUAUGGAAUCGAGAAAUAACAAAAAAAGAUGUACCGGACGCAUGACAAAACAUCUAGGAGAUCUAUGUUUGCAGGCAGGAUUAUUGGCAGAAAGUUUAGCUUACUACGCCCAAGCUGCAGAAAUUUUGAAGUCGGUUAAUGAUUGGUUAUGGCUUGGUGCUGCAUAUGAAGGCUUGAGUGCAGCUUCAGCUUUGGUUCUCUAUCCUGAAAUGCAGAGAAAUGUACCGUUGCAUAGAAAUGCAAGUUUGCAAGAAGGAUCUCCUAGAAAAUCAAGCCAAGCUUCACCUGCUACUGCUAUGGUGGUCAAGAAAAUGAUAGCAAAUGUGAUGGUUCCUGAUGAUAUAUCAAAACGUUAUCGAGAGGCCAUUAUUCAUUACAGCAAAUACCAAAACGCUGGAAUUAUAGAAACAGAGGCCAGCUUCAAAGCAGCUAGAAUUGCAGUAGAACAAAAUCACGCCCUUCAAGCUGCAAGCUUUUUACAGAACGUGGUAUAUAUCAACUUGACCCUAUCAGAACAAGAAAAAAUUCAACGGUUUGAAACUCUUGCUGACCUAUAUUCACAGAUUGGUUUUGUUAGGAAAGCUGCAUUCUGUUUGAGGUUGGCUGCAACUAGGUAUGUGUCACCUCAGAACCCAGCUCCAAAUUGGGGUCGUUGCUACGCGUUAAUGUUACAGAGUUUACCAGGACAUAAUCUCACUUUAGAUCCCGUUGAAAUGAGGGCAGCUAAUCAAGGAUGGCCGGCGUUACAGAUUCAGUUGAUUCAGGAGUUGGUAGUUGCUGCAAGACGUACAGGAAAUUCAGCUUUAGCCACUAGACAUAUGACAUUUUUAUUACAAACCAUGUGGAACUAUCUGAGUAGAAAAAAUAUUCAUUUCGGUGGUGGAAGUCUGGAGAGGAAGACGAGAAAAGCUAUUUCAAAAAUGGACUUUCUCUGGGUGAAAAAUGAAGUCUGCGAAGUAAACCUUAAACUAGUCAACCCUCUACCCUUCGAACAAAAAGUGUCCAACAUGAGACUGCUGACUGCCGGAGUGGUUUUUGAAUCGGUGCCGGAAACUAUUGUUUUACCUCCGGAUAUUCCAACAUCUGUAACAUUGAGCGGUUGGGCUAGAGAAAGUGGCGAACUCGAACUUUCUGGCUAUAGCACCCAUGCUUUGGGUGUGAAGUCCAACUGUAGGUUGCGCCAUAUGCUGCCAUCUCUGAAUUUCCCACCGUACUAUAAAGUGGAGGUGGUCCCAUGCUUGCCAUUAUUAGAGGUAUCUACGUCAUUUCCUCAAAGUGCAUCAUUCUCCAACUUCCAUGAUGAUAACAUAGUAACAUCAGCUAGUGUUAGUUUAUACCAUGGUGAGAGCACGGAAUGUAUAGUAACUCUGAAAAAUGUUGGCCAAGUCGCUAUCGAAAUGCUCGAAGUUGAAGUCAAUAGUAUCCUGGAACCAUCACUCCAAGAUCAGAUAUUCAAUUGGGACAAAGAGGAGGUGAAGCGACUGCUACCUAUUGAACCCCAGCAUUCAGUCACCAUAACGUUGUAUUUGCAUUCCGCUGCUAACUUUUUGGCACCAAAUGCUGCUGUGUCGCCUACUAUACCCCACGAUAUGAGCAGCGGUCUAUAUAGCAGUAUGUCUGCAUCAUUGCCAGGGGGGUCCUUGCCUUCAAGAUUCAAUUCUAGUUUCCGGUCAUCGAAUUCUGGCCAAUCAAGUAUUGCAGGUGGUCUAACCACUCUAUUUCAUCAACAACCUACAACUUCUGUCAUUGAAGGUCAACUUAGAUUAAGGUACAGUGGAUCAGAAGGAGUGAGCUCAGACUAUUGCAGGUCUUGUUCAGUUUUUCUAAUGUUGGAAAUGUUACCAUCAUUGAGUGUAACUAAUUGGGAUGUUUUACCAGCUGAAAUAAAUUCCCAGUUCUAUUUGGUACUUGACAUCGCCAACUUAACUACUCAGGAGAUGGAGUUGCAGUACACCCCUACAAAAACAAUGUUGAUCGAAGGUCAAGAGAGCUGUCGGGUACCUAUACCGGUGGACAGAUGUCCUCUCUCGAAGCUUUCAAGUCUAUAUCAAGACUUGGACGGCGAAAAUGCUACCGCCAAAAAUGACAUUGAUGUCAACAAAAUUUGUUCGGAUCACAUCACUGAGUUGGUUGAUCUGCGGUGGCUUUUGCUUGGAACGGAGUCUAAAGGAGUUGCUUUGCUGAAGGGGAUCAAUUUGACGUCUAGAAUGCUGGAUAUUGUGAGAAUGUCUCCUUUGGAUUGGGAGGUUACACUCAACGGAGAAAUGGUUAAAGCUCAAGAGGAGGUGAAUUGUAAUGCCGGAGAUUGUUUGGAUUUGAAAAUGUCAAUAGCUAAUAGUUUGGAAAAAACUUUGCGUCAAUUAACUCUAUCAGUUCAGUUCUAUCAAGACUAUGAAAAUGGUACUCUGAAUUAUAGAAUGGAUACAAGAUUAGCUAUAGCUGGUAGCACCAAGAAAGUAUUACCUUUUCUCGAACCACACACCAGAGCGAAUCACGAAUGCAAUGUAAUUUUUUUCACACCUGGCCAAUACAAGUUAGACAUCCAAUGUUGUGCACCAGAAAGUAGUGUUGUACCACGUAUCAACCCCAUAGUCUCUACCAGACACAUGUGGAGAUUCACUCCUACAAUUUCAGUUCAAGUUAAUUGAAAUGGAAAAAGUAUAACAUGAUGGGUAAGAUAUAUUCUGCUGAUUGCGAUUGGAGUUGCAGUUGAAGAAACAAAAUGUUUUUCAAAUGAACUAUUUUUCCGUUUCAUAAAUCAUGAAAAACUUUCAUUUUUAAAAAUGUAAUAGAUGCUUUGUAAACGUCAUAUUUCUAUUGAUGGUAUGAUGUAACUAGAAUACAAUUUAUUCUUUGUAUAUAAUUAUUUAUU